CUGGCUGCUGGGCCUGUAUCCUUCCUGCCGCCUUCUGAGAUUUGGCGAGUGUUAUUCGCUCAGGCUCGUUAACGAACAGCGAGUGACUCCCGUUGACGGUUAUGAAAAGCCGGCGCGCGCGCUUGUCUUUUGUACGGCUGUGGGUGUUUUGUUGUGAGUGACCAAAGUGGUGUCGCCAUAGAAGCCUUUCAGCCCUAUAUGGGUCGAAGUCGACGAGAAGGCAUCAGAUAGCCACUGUGCUCAGCAACAUGUGUCCGGCAGACCCAGCAUCUGAGGGUCAGACAUUUUUCCUUCAUCAGCAGCUUAAAGAGCCCUAUGAAAGAUUCAUAUAUCGGCAUCUCCAAUACUACGGUUAUUUCAAAGAUGAGGAAAAUGCUCCUCAGAACCCCAUUUUGCCUCUUGAAAGCUGGAAGAAAAGUUCUUGUCCUGUGUUCAAGCCAGGCAACUUCCACAAGAGAGGUAGAUCAAAACAUAAUUCAAACAAGAGCCUACUCUGUUCACUUACGAUGGAAGCAGCACUUCUUAAAAGCAAACAACUUUUGCUUGACCAUCCAGAGGGCCCUGGUGUUCUGCGCUUGCGAGAACCUCGGAAUCUUUUUUCUCUUCCCAAUGAUACAGAUUCACUCUUGGCCCCACUCUGGCCAAUAGAGUGUGAAGUAAUCAAUGAUUAUAUCCACCACAUUGAGUGGGUUCCCCCUGAACCUGAACCUUUCUAUCAGCCAACAGGAAAUGAAAUGGCACCAGAUGUAAAGGGAGAGAAUUAUGGAACUGUUGUUUAUUUCAUAGAUCCAGCAACUAAGGGUACCUGUUUCACCGGUUCCCGAGUUGGAGGGUCGAGAGAGCCCAUCAAAUCAGCUGCAGUCAGCUUAAGAGGACCAGAAGAUACCACACUGUUGUUUGAAUCACGCUUUGAGAGUGGAAAUCUCCAGAAAGCUGUCAGAGUAGGCGAGUAUGAAUAUGAACUCACAUUGCAGACAGAUCUUUAUACCAGCAAGCACACGCAGUGGUACUAUUUCAGAGUACAAAAUACUAGAAAGGAUGUCACCUAUCGUUUCACUAUUGUUAAUCUGAUGAAAGCCAAGAGUCUCUACAGCAUGGGGAUGAAGCCUCUCCUGUACUCUGAGAAGGAUGCCGAGUCUCAUGGUGUUGGCUGGAGGAGAGAGGGUAGUAACAUCAGAUAUUAUAAAUAUAACACAGAAGAUGGUCAGACCCUAUAUUGCCUCACCUGGACAGUGUGUUUUCCACAUAACCAUGACACAUGUUAUUUUGCUCAAUUCUAUCCCUACACUUAUUCAGAUCUACAGCACUACCUCUUGACUUUGGUAAAUGAUCCACUCUGUUCUCAGUAUUGCAAGCUUCGCCCUCUGUGCAACAGUCUAGCUGGGAACACAGUAUACCUUCUCACUAUUACCAAUCCAUCCCAAAGUGCCAUUAUUACUGCUACAAAGAAAGCUAUUGUACUAAGUGCCAGAGUUCAUCCUGGGGAGACAAACAGUUCAUGGGUGAUGAGAGGCUUCCUCGAUUUCAUUUUAAGUGAUUCCCCCGAUGCUCAGCUCCUCCGGGAUCUCUUCAUAUUCAAGGUUGUGCCCAUGUUAAAUCCAGAUGGAGUAAUUGUUGGGAAUUACCGCUGCUCACUGGCAGGAAGGGACUUGAACAGAAAUUACAGAACAGUACUGAAGGAAUCCUUUCCUUGCAUUUGGCACACUCGGGCCAUGAUCAAGAGAGUCCUUGAGGAACGUGAAGUUCUACUGUACUGUGACUUCCAUGGGCACAGCCGGAAGAACAAUAUCUUCAUGUAUGGCUGUAACAACAAAUAUGCACGAGAGCAGUUACUCCAUGAACGAAUCUUUCCUCUUAUGCUGAGCAAAAAUAUUCCUGACAAGUUUUCUUUCAACAGCUGUAAGUUUCAGGUCCAAAAGUGUAAAGAAGGAACAGGACGGGUUGUGAUGUGGAGAAUGGGAAUACUGAAUAGUUAUACUAUGGAAUCUACAUUCAGUGGCUCAACAUUGGGCAGUAAGAAUAACUCUCAUUUUACCUCUGAGGAUCUAAAAUCUCUGGGCUACCAUGUCUGUGACACCUUACUGGAUUUUUGUGACCCUGACCGUUCCAAGUUUCAGCAAUGCCUGUCUGAACUGAAGGAGCUUCUGAAGCAAAAAAUCCAGAGGAAACUCUCAGAGUUGGGACAUGAACAAAACACAGAGGAUAAUUGGAGUGACAUCUCUCUAUCUGGUGUUGAAUCAAGCACAAGUGGCUCAGAUAGCUCCCAGUCAGAUGGCCCCCCUGCACAUUUGCUCAACAUGGUUGAGAAGAGUUAUAACGAGAAGAAGAAAAAGAAAAAGAAACAUUUGCGAACAAGGAAGGAAAGGAAUGAUUUGCAUCAGAAAUUUGCUCUGAGCCAUACAGUGAAGCAUAAAGAAGAUGUCCUGGAAAGCACAAUUUCUCCAAAUGCUGGAAAGAAUCAUAGUCUUUCCAAGAGAUCACGGAGAGACAACAAUUCAGAACAGAAGAACAAGCAGAUGAAUCCAGUAUUCUGUGUGUGCCAGGGCCAAGAUCUAGAUGAUUCACUCUCUCCACUUUUGCAAGGAGGCAAGGUAGAUAACCUUCAGAAGUAUCAAGAACUUCCCCUGGUUAAGCAAAACUUCCCCAUCACUGAAAGUGAGAUCAAGAUCAAGGAGCCACAGCCUCUCCUCAUAACUGUGAUUCCACCAUCACCAUCGCAGCGACAGAGCCUCACAACUUCACCCAUCAAACAGCACCCACCUCCCUUCUAUGGACAGCCGUAUGGAGAAUUCUAUGGGAAACAGAAUGCAGGAACUUCUGUUCCAUCACCCUGUCAUCAUAGUCCUGGAGUCAAACGGCACAGAUCCAUGUGGUGGAAUCCUGAAGUGCCUUCUGUGACUUUAAUGCUGCGUCGAAGUCUUUCUUUGAAAUCUCAGGGCAUUUAUGACAACAAACACCUGUGGCAUCUGAACCAAAGCAGGUCACAGAUUCUUCCUCAUGCAGAAUUCAAAUGGAAACCUCUCAAAAUUGACCACAUGGUUCUGAAGUCAGAAAGUGGACGUCAUGCCAAAGUCAAGAAAACACAAAAUAUGAUUGGUCAAAAACAUUCAUCACCAGAGAACAGACAGGCUAAUCCAAAGACAGAGUUUAUGCACAAGAAAAAUAUUGUGCCCUCCCAUGAAACCAUGAACUUUGAGUAACUCACACUGAGUAAACAACUGGUUAGAAGGAAAGCUGGCACUCUCCUGUUGAAGGCUUAUUACAAAUGUUUGGCACAAAAUCUACUGCAUUUCUGUGGUGAGAGAGAAUUUGGAGUCUUGGCAGAGAAGAUGGUAGAUUUCAAUUAUCUCAUUUCUACAGGUCUGUAACUGAGGUUGAUAUGAAAGGGCAACUUUUUUUCCUGUUAAUACCUUUGGGUAGAACAAUACAUUUCAGGGAAAAUACAGGAUUCCCAUCCCUACAUUUUAUUCAUAAGGCAAAUAUGUGGAAAGUACUUGCUUGCAAAGGAGCAGUGCAGGUAGAAGGGGGUGCUUAACCUCCUUGCCUGCAAUUUCUGCCCUGCAGAUGCACUAAUCCCUCCCCACAUUGGGGUUCAAAAUCAGCUGAGGGGAAUAGAGCCAGUAGACUUAAGAUUUGCAAGGAAGACUCAGUGAGUAUGGGAGAGGUUAACCACCCUUACUUCAUAUUGAUUCUCCUCUACAAAUGCCACUUCCACCAUCACAGUUACAUUCCAAAACCCUCCACUAUUACUUUCCAAAUCCACAAGUCACAUGACAUUCCACCAUUAUUUAAAAUAUUAUUUUCAUCUAAUGUGUACUUUUUUAUGAUGAAAAGUGAAUACAUGAAAACUGUUGUGUUGAAUUGUUCAUAGUAGAUUGUGUAGCAGUAGGCACAGUCAUAACAGAAACUAGUCUGCUAGUGCAAUGUUGGAACCACACAGGGAACAAAUGCAACACUCAGGAAUAACUUUUGUUGCAUUUUUAUCCCUUAGUGGUACUGUUAUUUUCCCUGCUCUUGAGAUGAUUCAAAACAGGGUUUUGGCUUCCUGGCAUUCUGCUCUCUCUUAAUACUGCUUUCUGUAACUGUAUUAAUGAUUUAUUCUUCCUUGUUUGUGAGUGAAAAGUGUGAACAUUCAAGGGCAUAAUAAAAGGUGUUGAAGUUGCAGCUCUGUUUAUU